CAACAGUCACUCAGUCGGACCAGGACAUGUACCAACCCUUCUCCUGCUAAUGGCGGUUCAACUUGCCCAGGCUCAUCCACAGAUAAUCCUAGUCAAUCCUGCAACACCACACCCUGUCCAGCAUGUAAAACAAUUAGCCUGCAGUCCACGAAAAUUAAUUUUCAUUUCUACAAACUGAAAAACUAUCAACAUUAUUUCUCGGAAACGUUUUUCUCUUCAGUUGACGGCGCCUGGGCGACAUGGACAGUGGCGUCCACUGGACCUUGCUCACAGACCUGUGGGGGAGGGCAACAGUCACUCAGUCGGACCAGGACAUGUACCAACCCUUCUCCUGCUAAUGGCGGUUCAACUUGCCCAGGCUCAUCCACAGAUAAUCCUAGUCAAUCCUGCAACACCACACCCUGUCCAGUUGACGGCGCCUGGGCGACAUGGACAGUAGCGUCCACUGGACUUUGCUCACAGACCUGUGGGGGAGGGCAACAGUCACUCAGUCGGACCAGGACAUGUACCAACCCUUCCCCUGCUAAUGGCGGUUCAACUUGCCCAGGCUCAUCCACAGAUAAUCCUAGUCAAUCCUGCAACACCACACCCUGUCCAGGGCGUAAAACCACACCCACUCACUCCCACAAUCUCUUCAUUCAUGCAGUUGAUGGCGGUUGGUCCAGCUGGAUCACUUCCCCUGAGGAACCCUGUUCUCUGAGCUGUGGGGGAGGGACAAAAACCAGACACGAGGCCAGAACCUGUACCAACCCUGCCCCAUCUAACGGGGGGGCCACCUGUAGCGGAUCACCCACCAGAGAUACAGUAGUGUCAUGUAAUACUGCAGUGUGUCCAGUGACAUGUCCAACAAGCAGUGGCUACAUACAUGACGCUUCUGUCAACGUAUGUUACAAGAUCUCAUCGAUUACUCGAAACUGGAACGAUGCUCGUUCCUACUGUCAAGCUGAAGGAGGGGAUCUCAUAGCCCUUCAGACAAGCGCCAAGGAAACGUUUAUUCGCCAGGCGAUAUUUGAUAUCAUCGGAACUUCUGACGUAGACUACUUCAUCGGGGGACAGCAAACAUCAACUCCUGGCUCGUGGAAGUGGGUAGAUGGAACUUCAAUCUCUGGCUUUUCAAUGUCUGAUUCCACUAAAAUGUGCUUGGAAAUCGACAAAGACAUCUUGGAUGACGACGUUUGUAAUUACGUACAACGGUUUGUGUGUGAAAUCGCCCUGACGUAAGAGGAAACAAGUGACUGUAAUGUGCACCUAGCCCCUUCUAAAUAGAGGAAGAAAACAACACUUUCCUUAAUCAAUACAAAUCUCUGUUCCUUGUAAUGGCGCGGAGUCCACUGUACGAUUCCGAUAAUGUCAAAGGCACGUUUUUAUAACACCAAUUAUUGGGGACCCUGAUUUUCACAAAAAAACAUGCAAAGUCACGGCGUCAAUACUGUCCUGAAUUGCAUAGAUCGAUGUUGAUGCUGUGGAUCACUGGAUUGUCUGGUCCGGACUCGAUUAUUUGCAUACCGCCACCAUAAAGCUGGAAUAUUGCUGAGUGAGCAUUAAACAACAACCAACCAACAAACCAACCAAUAUCGUCCUUAACUAAAAUGCGUGGAAUCAUGUGGGACAAGUUACAAGGGUUGA